AUGGCCCGGGCUUUUGUGGGGGAAGAGGGGGUGGUGGGCGAGGCGGUGGGCGUGGAGGGCGCGGGUCUGGCGGCGGCCCCGCAGCCAGCUGCUGCUGCUGCUGCUGCUGCUGCUGCUGCUCCCAAGAGACCAGUGGUCCCUCUGGCAGCAGCGGGGCCGCGGAAGUCCAUUAGGAAGCGCGAGCUGACUCUGACGCUGCUGUACCUGCUGGCCAUAGGGGUGUUGGCGAGCCGGCGGCUGCUGCUGCGGGGCCGCGCGGCGGAGGGCGCAGCAGCAGCAGCAGCAGCGCCGCCCGCAGUGGGCGCAGCAGCAGCAGCAGCAGCAGCAGAAGGCGCGCGGGAGCCCGCAGCAGCAGCAGCAGUCCGCGCGAAGCUGCGGGAACUCCACAGAGUGCUGCCUGCAGCAGAACUCGUGGUGGAAGUGCUGGAGGCCCUGGAGCCGCAAGUGCUGCUGCACAGCCUGCAGGCCAAAGUGAAGAAGGCUGUGAUGGCGGAGGCCGAGGGCUUGGCCUCGGAGGAGACUCUGGAGAGUCUGGAGGAGGCGCUGCAGCAGCUGCAUGCGCUGCAGGGGCUGGCGCUGCAGCAGGGGGAGAAGCUGCAGCAGCAGCAGCAGCAGCAGCAGCGGGAGCUGCCGCAGCUGUGGGGCCCCGAGCCCGACCCCGAGGGCCGCAACUUGACCGAGAGGAUCCCCGACUUGACUGCAGCAGAGCUGCGGCUGCUGUUCAGCUUCGAACACGCAGCAGAUCUGUUUGCUGCAGCACGAGCGGGCUUUGCUGCAGCGCAGCAGGAACUCAGCAGCAGCAGGUUCCGCCGCGGUGGAGACCUCAGCAAGCUGCUCGACCGUGCUGCCAGCAACUUGGCCUACAUGCAGCAAACUGCUGCGCUGCAGCAGCACUACUUCGACCUUGCGCAGCAGUUUGCCGACAAGAUCAGCAGCAGCGUCAAGUUCAGCAAGUUCCGCAAGUGCGAGGCUUCGCUGGUGACUCUGGGCUGGCAGUUCAUGGAGCUGCGCUUCACGGCCAAGCUGCUGCAGCGCGAGCAGCAGCAGCAGCAGCAGCAGCAGCAGCAGCAGCACGGGGAGCAGCGGGAGGCGCUGCGCAAGCUGCAGCAGCAGCUCGCGGAGGCUGAGCGGCUGCUGGGGAAGCUCAGCCGCGAUCUUGCUGCAGUGGAGGAGAGCAGCUCGCUCAAGGCUGUUUGCAAAGCAGCAGAAAAGUUCGAAGCAGCAGCAGCAGCAGCACGUCGCUCACUUGCUGCUGCGAGCGACGCUGCUGCGCUGUCUCGCCACCUCGCCGCGCCGCUCUCCGGCCGCCUCGGCGCCGGCCUCGCCGCGCCCGCCGCCCGCGACCCCGCAGCAGCAGCAGCAGCAGCAGCAGCAGCAGCAGGCAGCAGCAGCAGCAGCAGCAGCAGCGAGGACUUCCUGGCGGAGCUGGUGCGGGAGUCCGAGAGCUUCCGCGCGGCCUGCCUGGAGGAGAGCGUGGCCGUGAAGAGUUUGCUGCAGGAAGUGGCGGAGAAGGUCCGCGCGGAGGCCCUCGCGGGGGGCCCCCCCGCCGCGGGGGGGGCCCCCCCGGGGGGCCCCCCGGGGGCCCCCCCCCCGCCGGGGGGGGGGCCCCCCCGGGGGGCCCCCCGGGGGCCCCCCCCCCCUCCCGGGCCUUCGAGGAGCUGCAGCAGCGGGCCAAAGACCUCGGGGAGGCCGUCGAGGCCGCAGCAAACGAGGCCCUGA